UACUGUAUACUCAGCAGCGAUCAAGCAUGUUGCGCAUAGCCAGCUCCUGCCUUCUAAUUAUUCUUCAGAUUGUAAUCGCAGAGCUUCCUCCUCAAUGUAGAGGUCCCCCUCCUGGUGUGACACAUCCAGAGAAAUGUUGUAAUUUCCCACGUAUGUUUAAAGACGAAGACUUAGAAGAUUGUGGUAUUGAAAGAUUUUCCGAUGAUGAAGACCAUUCCAAAAGAGGACCUCCAGAUUGCUCUAAGCAAAAAUGCUUACUUAAUAAAUAUAAUCUGAUGAAGGAUGAUGAAGAGAUAGAUAAGGACGCAGCUAUUGAGUUUCUUGACAAGUGGGCUGGAGAUAACCAGGACUAUAAAGAUGUUGCUGAAAAGGCUAAAGAGCAGUGUCUGACAACCGAACUUCCCGGUCCAAAACUUCCAUGUGGACCAACAAAAAUAUUGUUUUGUGUUAAAGCUGUAAUGUUUAUGGAAUGUUCACAAGGCAUGCAAUGGGAGGAUACUGACAACUGCAAGAAGCUGAAAGACCAUAUUGAAGAAUGUAAACCAUAUUUUACUCGAACAUAAAUAUUUCGUUUAUUUAAUCAUACAAUGUACCUACUAAUGUUUGAAGAUUUUUAUUGUAAAUUAUAAAAAUAAUUACCAUGCUAAUAAAUUGCAUGAUGAGUGUGUAA